AAAAAGACAUGGUCACGUCUUUUCUUUAUUAGAGAGUAUUGAGACAGUCAUGCCCAGUUUUGUUGUAUGGUUACCCUCCAUGUGUACCAGGCUUGAAAUUCUUCUGUUAUUUUUUGCUUAGAGUGGUGGUUGAUUUGUUGGAUUGUUUCUCCGUGUCUGUUCCACACUCGGGACAGUCUUCUCUGUGCUUAUGUGACAAAGAGGGCGUCUUUCCACACUUUUACCCCUCCUUUAGCAGUAAACUGUGGUUACUUGUUCCUGGACACUUGCUAGUCUAGUAGGGGAGGGAGGAGGUGGGGCAUUCUUUGUUUUUCUGGCUCAGCGCCUCACCGUCUGGCAGGUGCUAUAUUCUUGGCUCUCAGAGACGAGGCCUUCUCAGUGAUCUUGACUCUUUCCCAGCAUAGGCGAGAGAGUCUGAGCUGGCUCCUUCCUUAGGGGUAGAAGUUGUUUUAUGUUCUCUUCCUCUAGCUGCAGUAGGCUUUAAUUUGCGCUCUGAAAGGCCGGUCCCGGAGUGGAGAGAGGGCCCCGGUGGAACCCAGUGCGCGACGUUUGGCACGCCAGUGGGGCCCCCAAUCCGGGAGCUCUAGUUCCGUCGCUCGCGCGCAUGCGCAGGCCCGUCCACCUGCCUCCGCGAGGGGAGCCGCGAGGGGGCGCCGUACCAGCCGGCUCAUGGCGUCCCCCACUGGCGUCUCCCCGGGCCUCCUACUCUGGCUCCUGCUCCUCCAGCCGCAGCUCAGUGGGGCGCGGGGCAGGUUGGCGCCGUCCCCACUCUCCCCUUCGCCCUUGGGAGGCGGCCACGAGGACACCGAUGCCACCGUGUGGAGGGUUGCGGGACCAUCUACCACCCCCGAGCCCCAAGAAUCUGCCCCAGUCUCCCAGUUGGUGGGAUUGAUCCCAGGGUGUGGCCAGGUAAAUGCGAAAAUCUUGGGAGGACAGGAGGCUGAAGACGGGAAGUGGCCCUGGCAGGUGAGCGUGAGGAUCAGAGGCAAGCACGUGUGCGGAGGUUCCCUUAUCACACAGCAGUGGGUACUGACUGCAGGCCACUGUAUUUUAAGCCGUUUCCACUACAAUGUCAAGAUGGGAGAUCGGAGUGUCUAUAAAGAAAUCACAAGUGUGGUGGUCCCCGUCCGAGACAUCAUUGUCCACCCUCAGCUGUCAGUAGUUGGAACCAUUCAAAAGGACCUGGCCCUUCUCCAGCUCCUCUACCCUGUAAACUUCACCAUGACCAUCCAGCCUAUAUGCAUCCCUCAGAAGACUUUCCGGGUGGAAGCUGGGACCACGUGCUGGGUGACCAGUUGGGGCAGAAAAGAAGAAUAUGGUGGCGACCUUAUUACCUCUGUUCUCCAUGAGGUCGACCAAGGCAUCAUCCACCACGAAAAAUGUAAUGAGAUGAUUCAGAAAGCCAUGAAAACAACUAGGGAUGUCGUACUGGAAGGAAUGCUCUGUGGCUAUAAAGGCACGGGAAAGGAUUCAUGUCAGGCGGCGGCGGUCACCCCCGUUGACCCUGGUUCCUACAGGGCUGCGGCCAUUCCUCAGCCAGCAGCAAAGUCGCCGUUUCCUGCAGGAUGUGGCCACAGGUCUAUGAGGAUAGUUGGUGGAAUACCCGCCCCAGAGAGGAAGUGGCCGUGGCAGGUGAGCCUGCAGAUCAAGGAUAAACACACGUGCGGAGGCUCCCUCAUUGCCAGCCGGUGGGUGCUGACCGCUGCCCACUGCAUACUUGGCCACGUGGAGUACACCGUGAAGAUGGGAGACGUCCACGUGAACCAUACCUCCAGGAUGGCCAUCCAGGUGCCGGUCCGGGACAUCGUUAUUCACAAAUAUUACAAUCCUGUUGGAAGCAUUGAGAAUGACAUUGCCCUCAUCCUGCUGGAGUUCCCUGUGAAUUUUUCCUCGCACAUCCAGCCCGUGUGCCUCCCUGAAAAGAUGUUCAUGGUGGAAGCUGGUAUGGAGUGCUGGGUGACUGGAUGGGGAAAACGAAAAGAAACAGAUAAACCCGAAGAUGCUCCGGAACAACUUCAGGAGGCCAAGCUAAACGUUGUACGUUACGAGGAGUGCAAUAGGGCACUCAAGGAACAGAUGGAAAGUGGUAGUGACCUAGUGAAAAAAGGGGCUGUCUGUGGUUACAGUUCCCGAGGAAAGGACACCUGCCAGGGAGAUUCUGGGGGCCCCAUGGCCUGUGAAUUUAAUGAAACAUGGGUCCAGGUGGGGAUUGUGAGCUGGGGCUUUGGCUGUGGUCGCAGAAAUUUUCCCGGAGUUUAUACAGAAGUUAGUUUCUACAAGGACUGGGUCAUUGAUCACUUGAGUCAGGCUUGCUGUUGGGACUCAGCAGACUUCUUCAUACUUCUGUGCGUGGUGCUGCCCCUGGGCAUCCUGGUGGCCCCGUGAUCACCCCCGCCCACUCCCCUCCUGUUUCUGACUCUCACACGAGGCCCCUCCUCCUCAUUGCCCUUUCCUCCAAUGCUGGUUGGGAUCCACUGACCCUGUAGGGAGCUACCCAGUAGAGAGGGGCAGUAAGCCCGGAGCCCUGAAAGUGUCCCAGCCUGAUGCCCCAGUCACCUGCCUCGGCCACACCCACACCUUGGCUGUGCUCUGCCUGCCGGGAAGGAGGCAGCCGAUCUGCCAGCUGGAGCCCUGUGCUUCCCUGAUGCCUUGGAGAGCCUCUACCAAAGAAGAGACCUCACGAGCAGUGAGACAGCAUUCCACCUGGCUGUGGUCUCAGGCUUUCACCUGAGAGUGAGCUUGGUGAUUGUGCAGAGAGAGCCAGGCGGUGUCACCACGGCCCUGGUGAGGUCUGAGGCCCGGGGGUUCCACAUCCGACCCAGGUGUCUGGGACUGGGCGAAGUUCCCCCCUACCCAGUGCGGAUCCACCUGGAUCCUGCUGGGGCAGCCCCGCGAUGGGGCCCCCUUUCUUGAGUACCCAGUGGCCACGUCCAGGCUCACCCCAAGUCGUGUGGAGACAUUAAGGAGUGUGGAGAUGUUAGAUGCCAAUGAAUAAACAUUUGCGGUGCAUUCUUA